GUGUCAUACUCCCCGAGACGCCGCAUUGGAUGCUCCCUCUACCUGUCUACUACCCCCGCUGGAAUCCGCCGCUUUCCAUUGUCGCUGACCCAAGCAACAUUCUCUGCUUCUUGGUCCUUGCCUUCUUGGUUCGCCGCCCUCCCGCAAACUCUAGUUCUGCGCAUCGCUGGAGCAAGGCGUUUCUUGGUUCUCCUGAGUAUGGGUCUGAGAAAGGAAUGCGCCAUGCUUCGUGAGGCAGCCGGCUUCUAUACAUCUUGGUAGCCCUCGGCAUUGGCAUCCUCCCGUUCUUGGGCCCUUGACUGCAGAUUGGGGGUUUAACUCAGCCAUGAGGAAGCACGGGUGGCAGCUGCCGUACCACCCUCUCCAGGUGGUUGCGAUAGCCGUGUUCUCGGCACUGGGCUUCGCCUUCUAUGUCUUCUUCGUGCCGUUCGUGGGGACGAAGCCGUUCCAGAUUGUGGCCAUGGCUAUCUACACUCCGUUGAUUACAUGUGUCGUUGUGUUAUACAUAUGGUGUGCGGCAACAAAUCCUGGAGACCCGGGCAUUUUCGAUUCAACUAAGAAUUUGAAGUUAGAUAAGCAUGAAAAGCACUCCUAUGUAAAUUCGGACCAGGGAAUUAAUCAUGGAGGAAGGCCAUUAAGUGAGACUUUUGGUACUGCUGAUAACAGUGAGAAGCUGAGCAGCAUGCUUGAGAGGAAGGAUUCGCCUUCUUGGCCCAGAUUUUCUGGAAUUCUUUCCCUGGUUUGUCUCCCAUUCUCUUGCCAUUGCAAACAAUGCCUCCAUUCAGACAGUCAACCUUCAGAACAGAAAAUGUGUGAAGAAGGCAUGUUUUUCUGCAGCUUAUGCGAAGCAGAGGUUCUGAAGAACAGUAAGCAUUGUAGAGUAUGUGACAAGUGUGUUGAUGGAUUCGACCAUCACUGCAGAUGGCUUAACAAUUGCAUAGGGAAAAGGAACUACAAAGGUUUCUUCGCUCUAAUGGCUUCUGCAGUUAUUCUGCUUGUGAUGCAGUGGUUGUCGGGGGCACUUGUGUUGAUUCUCUGUAUUGUGAAGCGAGGAGAAUUCUCUAGGCAGGUUGUCACAAAGUUGGGAAGCAGCUUCUCAACUGUGGCUUUUGUAAUUGUUGUGGCGACCUGCACCAUUUUAGCAAUGGUUGCAACCGUGCCACUUGUCCAGCUUUUAUGUUUUCAUAUCCUUCUUGUCAAAAAGGGAAUUAGCACGUAUGAUUACAUCAUAGCUUUGAGGGAGCAGGAGGAUCAACAAGAGGUUCCUGGACACCAAAGUCCACAGAUGUCUAUUAUUAGUUCUGUUACUGGUUUUAGCACAGCCAGUUCUUUUGGACCUCUUCAUCGUGGUUCAUGGUGCACUCCACCAAGAUUGUUCCUGGAAGACCAGUUCGAUGCCAUUCCUCCAGAGGUCGGCAUUUCACAGAAUUCAGGCAGUAAGAAAAUCAAGGAAGAGGAAGGAGCAAGGAGAAAAAAUGGAGCAGUGAAAAUCAGUCCAUGGACAUUGGCACGGCUAAAUGCAGAGGAAGUUUCAAAGGCAGCUGCGGAGGCAAGGAAGAAAUCCAAAAUCCUGAAACCAAUUGCAAAACAUGGCAUCUCAGACAAUGGCAGUAAACCAGACCAUAAGCUCAGCUACCAGAGACGACUAGAUAGAAGAGGUUUCCCUGCUGAGCUUUCUCUUGACCCACUUGCAACUCUAUCUGCAAGCGGCACUGAAAGCAACUACAGCGACACAGCAACAGAAAUUUGUGGCAGUUUAGCCCCAUUACAGCUCGAAGCAAGAAGUGCUUUCCAGCCUAGUACUGCAGCAUCCACAAGAAAUGUUGCUUCAUCGCCUGAAAGUAGCUUUGACUCGCCUGAUCUCCACCCCUUCCGCACUUCCUCAGCCACAGGCGAUGAGAUGCAGGGAGCCAUGACACAUUCAGCUCACAGGGGCAUCGAGUUUAAAAGAUCAUCGAGCGAUGGUUAUGAAGCAUCUGGAGGUGAAGAUAGUGACCGCAUCCCUUCAAGAAUCGUGCACAGAUCGUCGAACUGGGCCAAUGUCUUUCUGAAUUCUAGUCAGGGAGGCCCUCAAGCUGAUCUGCUCACGACAUCAUCUGAAGGUUUUUUAGUUAACGCAAAUGUCUCGAAUUCUGGUUCCUAGAGCAUUACUGGGUAUGGCAGAGCAAUGUUGACAAGACAUUGACUAGUCUCUGGGCUUAGGUUUAGGUUUAGGUGCUUAAUUUGUCUGAUUACAUGUGGGGAUUUGGACUAGUUCUAGGGGCCAAAUUCAUCCGGUUACAUGUCUGUAAAACUGCUUUCACUGCUGGCGUCACUUCUUUGACAUUCCAUUGUCGCCUUUGACAAAAUGUGAAUUUGACGCCGUUGUGCUUGCCGAGCUUGAUCCAAA